GUUGGCAUCUGAAGCACCUCUGGUGAACAUCCCAUUUUUUAAACAUCCUUUCUCCAAGGGGCAGGCACGUGUGCUCACCAUGUUCUGGAAAUUUGAUGUGAACACGACGUCGCAUGUUGACAAGCUGCUGGCCAAGCCGGAUGUGACGCUGCGUGAGCUGAUGGAUGAAGAUGACCUUCUGCAGGAGUGCAGAGCGCAGAACCGCAAGCUGGUGGACUUCCUGUGUCAGCAGCCCUGCCUGGAGGAGCUGGGCAGCCUCAUCACUCACGAGCCACCCCUGGACAUGGACGAGAAGGUCCGCUUCAAGUAUCCCAAUACGGCUUGUGAACUGCUGACCUCAGACGUGCCACAGAUCAACGACAAGCUUGGGGGGGAUGAGACAUUACUGAACAUCCUCUAUGACUUCCUGGACCAGGAGCCCCCCCUGAACCCCUUGCUGGCCAGUUUCUUCAGCAAGACCAUGGGCAACCUCAUUGCGAGGAAAACGGAGCAGGUGAUUUCAUUUUUGCGGAAGAAAGCCACGUUUCUUGACCUGGUGCUGAAGCACAUGGAUACGUCCGCCAUGAUGGACCUUCUCCUGCGACUCAUCAGCUGCGUGGAGCCCGCUCAGCUGCGGCAGGAAGUGCUCAGUUGGCUGAAUCAGUCGAAGGUCAUCCAGAGACUUGUGGAGCUGAUCUCUCCCAGCCAGGAGGACGAUAGGCAGUCCAAUGCUUCCCAGACCUUGUGUGACAUCAUCAGGCUCAGCCGAGACCAGAGCAGUCAACUCCAGGAGGCAGCUGAGCCAGAUCCACUCCUUGCAGUGCUGGAGUCGCAGGAAUGUGUGGAGCAGCUUUUGAAGAAUAUGUUUGAUGGGGAGCAGACGGAAAGCUGCCUCGUGAAUGGCACUCAGGUUUUGCUGACACUGCUUGAGCCAAGACGUGCUGGGACGGAGGGGCUCGUGGAUUCUGCCACUCAAGGGGCUGAGAGGUCUUAUGUUGUCAGCAGCAGCAUCUUGCGCGCCAUUGAGUCCCGGCUGAAGGACUUCCACCACCUUCUGCUCAGCCCCCCCAAGAGGAGCUCCAUCCUGACCACCAUUGGGGUCCUGGAAGAGCCUCUGGGCAAUGCCCGUCUCCAUGGGGCUCGCCUGAUCGCUGCCCUUCUGCACACCAACACUGCUGCCAUCAACCAGGAGCUGUGUCGCCUCAACACCAUGGGCCUCCUGCUGGACUUGUUUUUUAAAUACACUUGGAAUAACUUUUUGCAUUUCCAAGUGGAAUUGUGCAUAGCAGUCAUUCUGGCUUACUCUGCCAAUGAAAGCAAAGCAGCCACAAAAGAUACAGAGAAUAAGGAGGGACUGGACGGGUGCACAGCUUCGGAGGACUUGGAAGCAUCAGACAGCCAUCCUGAAAACAUCAUGGUGACACAUUUAUUCCAGACAUGCUGCCUGGUGCAAAGGAUCCUGGAUGCCUGGGAGGCAAACGACAAAAUACAGGCAGAAGGUGGAAUGAGGAGGGGCAACAUGGGCCACCUGACCCGCAUUGCCAACACGGUGGUGCAGAAUGUGGAGAAAGGCCCCAUGCAGGCCCAGCUCUGCGAGGUCAUUCGAGGGCUUCCUGAGGACUGCCGAGGGCGAUGGGAGAGCUUCGUGGAGGAGACUUUGAGCGAGGCCAAUCGGCGGAACACGGUGGACUUGGUGAGCACCCACCACCUGCACUCUUCCCGCGAGGACGAGGAUCUGGAGGCAGCCUUCCCCAACGACCUCUCUCUCCAGCAGGCAUUCUCGGAAUACCAGAUUCAGCAGAUGACAGCCAACUUUGUGGAUCAGUUUGGCUUCAAUGACGAGGAGUUUGCUGACCAGGAGGACAACAUCAACGCACCUUUUGACAGGAUUGCCGAGAUCAGCUUCCAUAUCGCAGCAGAUGACGACAGUCCCAACGCCUCCCUCUUUGAAGCCUGCUGCAGUGAGCGGAUCCAGCAGUUUGAUGAUAACGAGGAGGACGAGGAAGAUAUCUGGGAGGAGAAAGAGAUCAGCUAUGCCACCCACGUCAAGUCCAGGACUCGGUUUGGGGUAUCUCAUUCCUCAGAGGGGUCAUCAAAGAGUGACUUACAGAACGGCGACUGCGAUGACCGUGGGGAUUCGGGAGGAGAGGAAGCAGAGCAGGCGUCUUCCUUGGCCGCUGUCAGCGCUGAUGGGACCGGCAGCCCUUUGGAGCAGGAAGACUCUUCUGGAGGAUCCGAGUGGACAGCCGUGUUUGAGCCCGCCAGUGGGAAGCUUGCCGCCUCCUGUGUAGCCAUGGACGUGGGCUCCAGCGUGUGGGAUUCAGCAGCCUCAGACAUCAAGACUUCAGAAGAGAGAGGCUGGGCCAAGUUUGCGGACUUCCAGCCAUUUUGUUGCUCUGAAGCGGGCCCCAGGUGCAGUUCCCCCGUGGACACAGAGAGCAGCGAUUUGGAAGGAAAUGCCAAGCAGAGCCAAGACGAGAACCUUAAUGCUGCCUCCCCUUGCGCCUGGAACCUCUGCCUGGCCCAGAAGGCGCCUCUGGUGGCCUCGGGCAGCAGCUCCUCUGGUGGUGACUCAGGCAGCGAGGAGGAGGAAGCGGAUGUUAUCGCAGGAAUGCUCAGCCCAGGUUCAGGCCAGGAAGCCGUGGAUGUUGAGACUGAGAAGGCGGUGCUCACCAGGGAGCAGUUCCACACAGUUGUUGACGUGUUCAGUGAUGAGGGUGUCCCAGCCACCCCCAGUGUUUCUGCUGAGAUGAAGAUGACUGUAAAAGGAGGCAGCUCUUUCGGAGGAAGUCGGCAGUUGGAUCUGAUGGCUGGGGUAGUUCAGAGAGGCUCCCGUUGGAGGGAUUCAGCUGCAGCAGGCGAGCGCUUUGGGCAGAGGGCAGUGUGA